CGAAACCAUGCUCUCAUUUAAGAUGGCGGACGGUCCACUGCUGUGAUGAGAAGACAUUUUGCAGUGUAUCUCCUCGCAAAGACGUUUGGAUCGGUCGCCAGUGGCUGUUUGGAGCAUAUUUGAGCACUCUGUAUGUCGUAUGGUGAUUGACAUUGACUUUUAGCAACAUUUGGAGCUUAAAAAUUGGCAAAACUAAUUGCUAUGGAUUUUUGUUGCUGAUUUAUUUGCAGUAUUUAGAUUUGAAUUAUGGCCCACAAGCGAACUGCGUCUGAAGACCUAGAGUCCUCUCCCCCUGCCCUCAAGCAGCCUCGACUGACGGCAACUCCUCCCAUUAGACCCUCGUCUCUGCCCACGCCCCAGUCAUUUGUCCCUACACAACGGCCUCCUUUGCAGCACAUUGUCCGACCGCCUGGUGCCCCACGUACCUCGUUAGUCAACAUAACGACAGGGGUCGUCCCCCCAAUUGCCCCCGUUAUGAGGCCUGGGAUGCUGCCUCUACAAGCAUCACCAGUACCCCUGAGAGUGCCCGCCUCAUACAGUGCCAGAAUUGGAAUAGGAUCCCCUACCGUUCCAAUUAUGUGUCCGACCAUAGCCCCUCAAAGACGACCCCUCCUCUCUACACGCGUGAUGACUCCGAGUCCCAUUCCGUUGAUCCCCCCACCUCCAUACUCCGUUUCUAUGGUGAUGCCACCAGCCAGUGAGAGUCCGCAAGAACAAGCCGAGAACAGUUGCCUGUCACCUUCGCAGUUUCUUUACCACCCCGCUACUCUUCAGUCUACACCUACUCCCUCCUCCACCACGGCUAGCCCUACUGUUGUCACGUCAACCGUAGCGACGUCUUCUGAUAGCAACAGACAACCAGUGUGCACGUCAGCUGCUGCCACAGCUACUGUCAUUGUAUCCAAAGGGAAAGAAAACGGAAAAAUGAAUAUCAAGGAUAAACGAGCAAAAGUAUUGAAAGCCUUCAAGAGGAAAUCUGCAACAUUGAAACUGAAACAUGAGGUGCAGCUAAAAGAAAAGUUCUUUUUGGAAGGGGGCGGUAAUUUGAUGGAAUUUAUUUCGUGGAAGAAAAAGCCUAACAUCUUACGAGAUCAGUAUCUUGAUAAAAAUAAGCUAGAAUCCGGAGGCGCUGCUACAAACCAAGACCAACUCCUCUCCCCCAAAGACAUGACUCAGAGCUUCACACCUCGACGAACAUCGGCAGAGGAACUGCUCAAGGAAUCACUGAAGCAACCACUGAAGCAACCACUGAAACAACCGAGUACACUAAAAGCCUCAAAGAGCCCGGAGAAAUACAAGACUCCUCCCAGCACAGCUCCUACGACUAACUCUUUGUCAACCAUGAUUCAAAUCCCACUCUCAACCGUUUCUCCUGCCAGUAUUCAGAUAGGGACACCCAAACAACUAACCCCCGCCUCUCCUAAAAGUGGUAACUCGUUCCAGACCCCCUCACCGCGACCGUCAACACGCGCACAAGCCUCGUUCAGUUCGGUGUAUGAGAGCUCACACGAGGACAUUGUUAUGCGAGCAAGACACGAAGCUGACGUUAAGAAAGCCAUCGCUGAGUUGAGAAGAGAGGGCCUUUGGUCGGCUUGUCGUCUGCCCAAGGUGGUGGAGCCAUCGAGAAAGAAGACUCAUUGGGACUACCUGUUGGAGGAGAUGCAAUGGCUAGCCACUGACUUUGUGAAUGAGAAGAGAUGGAAGAUUAAUGCCGCAAAGAAGUUGAGUCGCAGUAUAGCCCGCUACCAUCAGGAGAAGGAGAUGCAACAUGCUAGAGCCGAGAAAGAGGACCAAUUGAAACUCAAGAAGAUUGCCUCUACCAUUGCCAAGGAGAUCAAACACUUCUGGGACUCUAUUCAGAAAGUGGUUGAGCACAAGCAGCAGGUGCUGCUGGAGGAGAAGAGAAAGAGAGCCAUGGACCUACACCUGGACUACAUUGUUGACCAGACCACCAAGUACUCCAAGUGGCUGGUGAAGGGUCUGGCCUCCGCGACUAGCUCAGCCGAGCCCUCACUACAAAGUGCAGCUAGCAGCUCUCUAGAUGAGUCGGAUGAUUUUGUGGCUGGAAUGGAAGAAAGCGAUAACGAGGAGACCAUCGACAGGGAAGAAGAAGCACUCAACCAGGAGGGUGUGGACUACGGCUCGGAGCUGAGACAGCUGCAGAACGAGGCAGAUAUACCACUGGACCAACUCCUGGACAGUCUUCCCCCGGAGAUGCUGGCCAGUGGGGAUUUCCCCACCCCCACUCCCAGUGUUAGUGAUGAAGCAAUGGAAGUAGAGGCUCUUCCUGCUGAUGAUGCAACUGUCGAGAAACCAACAAGCCCCCCCGAAGAGUCUUUGUUGGAGAAAGAGCCAGCUGGUGAUGACGACAAAGCUGCUGAUAGCAAUGUUGGUGACGCUAGUGUUACCAGUGACCCUUGUGAGCGUGUAGGUGUUACUUCUGGUGAGGGUAGUGAGAGUAGUGCCAGUCGUGAGGGUGGUGAUGCGGAGGAGUACCGUGCUAGUGGUGACGAGUGUGAUGAGGAGGGGACCAUAUCGGAGCAGGAGGAUCACGAGGGAGAGCAGGACCACCGGACAGAGAUGGACGACCUGGCUAAGGAAGGUGAGCUUCCGCUGGAAGACCUGUUGGCCAGGUACAACCUGCAGAGACAGUCUGACACACCGGAAACCGAUGUGGAGGAGCCAAGUGAAGGCACUAGUCCAAUGGAUACCUCAGGAAGUGCGUCCGAGGAAGAGGGGGCGGAGUCAGAAGAAGAGGAGGCUGGACUGGAGCUGUUGGUAUCAGGGAAAAGCCUCGAGGAAGCGUUUCAGACUGAGGCUGGUCUCUCUGACGUGGCUGCCGUGGCCAAGCAGUUUCAGCCCAAGGGCAUUACCUUGGCAACAACGGAGGUGAAGACACCAGUACCGUUCCUCCUCCGUCACACACUGAGGGAGUAUCAGCACAUCGGACUAGACUGGUUGGUUGCCAUGCACGACAGGAAACUCAAUGGGAUCCUGGCUGACGAGAUGGGGCUCGGCAAGACGAUCCAGACGAUCGCUCUCCUCGCCCACCUGGCGUGUGAGAAGGGCAACUGGGGACCACAUCUCAUUAUAGUGCCCACCUCCGUCAUGCUCAACUGGGAACUAGAACUCAAGAAAUGGAGUCCUGCCUUCAAAAUACUCACCUACUUCGGCACCCUCAAGGAGAGGAAACAGAAGAGAGUGGGAUGGUCAAAGAAGAACGCAUUCCAUGUGUGUGUCACCUCCUAUAACAUAGCAGUGACCGAUCACAGAUCUUUUAAGCAAAAGAAAUGGAAGUAUAUCAUUCUAGACGAGGCCCAACACAUCAAGAACUUCAAGAGCCAGCGAUGGCAGACCCUACUCAACUUUAACAGUCAGCGUAGACUGCUCCUCACGGGCACACCCCUCCAGAACAACCUCAUGGAGCUGUGGUCACUCAUGCAUUUCCUUAUGCCAGCUGUCUUCUCUUCUCACUCUGACUUUAAGGAGUGGUUCUCCAACCCUCUCACUGGGAUGGUGGAGGGGAGCCAGGAGUACAACGCCUCCAUUGUCAAGAGGCUCCAUCAGGUCCUGCGGCCGUUCCUCCUGCACCGACGUAAGAUGGAGGUGGAGAAGCAGAUGCCUCAGAAGUAUGAGCACUUGAUUCCGUGUCAGCUCUCAAAGAGACAGCGGUUCCUCUAUGACGAUUACAUGUCCAGAGCAAAGACCAAAGACUCUUUGGCUAGUGGGAACUACCUCAGCGUUAUCAAUAUUCUCAUGCAACUCAGAAAGGUGUGCAACCACCCUGACCUGUUUGAGCUCCGCCCCAUUGUCUCUCCGCUAAGACUACUGGCGCUGGAGUACUACACUGCCUCUCUUGUUCUACAGACCACCUCCUCACAGCCAUUCCAGAAUGUUAGUUUGGAUUUCCUCAACCUUCAACUGGCCGACUACGAAGUCACCACAGAUGCGUUUGUGGCCUACCGUUCUCGACAGCUGCAAGCACCACGCCUACUCAUCCUGGACCCCACCCACCCACAGGGAGUGGUGGAGAGUGAGGGAUGUGACUCUGGUGACGACAGGGAGGGGGAGGGCUACCUUGAGGACCUCCACUUGCCUACCCUUCAAGCGAAGAUAGAGGAGUUCACUUUGUCGAGACGUCGCCAGAUGUGUGAGGUGAACAGUCGACGAUGCAAGAGACAGCCGGUAUAUGGGAGAGACCUUGUGGAAGCAGUGAGAGGUGUCUGUCACCCCAGGAGCAGCUGCUCAUGGAAAACCUCGUCACAACCUCCCACCCUGGACUGGCGAUGGAGUGGUCACUCUGCCUGUCUGCGUCACCAGACCUCGUCCCUGUCCUGGACAGAGCAGUCCACUCUACUAGCAGCUGCACUACCCACUCUGGAGGAGAGGCUGGACCAACUGAGCGAGGUCAUCAAGAGGUUUGUGAUCACGGUGCCCCGAGUGACCGCCCCCUCCAUCAAGUUCCACACCUACCACCCACCACUAGCGUAUAUCACCCACGAGCAACUCGUUAACAAGACGCUAACGACAGGGUUGUCACGCCCACUGAGGGUGCUCCACCAGACCUCCACUGCUAUGUGUUUCCAGUUUCCGGAAACGAGACUGAUACAGUACGACUGUGGUAAGCUGCAGACGUUGCACCUCCUCCUGCAGAGACUUAAGACUGGGAGUCACAGGGCGUUGAUAUUCACUCAGAUGGGUCGUGUUCUGGACGUGCUUGAGAUCUUCCUCAACUAUCAUGGCCACACCUACUUACGACUGGAUGGCUCCACCCCCGUCAUUAAGAGACAGCAACUGAUGGAGCGAUUCAACCGUGACGAACGGGUAUUCUGUUUCAUCCUGUCGACACGCAGUGGUGGUCUGGGGGUUAACCUGACCGGAGCAGACACAGUCAUCUUCUACGACUCGGACUGGAACCCCACAAUGGAUGCACAGGCGCAAGAUCGCUGUCAUCGGAUUGGUCAGACACGGGACGUCCAUAUUUACAGACUUAUUUGCACGAGCACUGUCGAGGAGAACAUUCUGAAGAAGGCUAACCAGAAGAAGAUGCUAGGCCAAAUAGCCAUAGAAGGAGGAGGGUUCACCACCGACUUCUUUAAACAGGAGUCUCUUCGAGAGCUGUUUAAAGUCAAAAGCCAUGAAACCACACCCCCUAAGAGCCCCUCCAUUGAAGACCAGUCAGCUAUAUCAGAGAAACAAGUGGAAGAGAUACUGAUGUCAGCAGAAGACGAGGGUGAUGCACAGGCAGCUGCUGAGGCUCGUGCAGAACAAGCGGCAGAAUUGGCCGAGUUUGAUGAGGCUUAUGCUGCUCACAAUGACGGCAGUCAGGAGAGUGUCAAGGAUGGUGAGGGGGAGAAGAUACGCUCUGAGUUUGCAGCCAUUGAUGAGCAGCUCAACCAUGUGGAACGAUACGCCAUGAGGUAUCUGGAGGAGGAGAAUGCUGGGGUGGCCGCCGAACAGCUCAAGCAGGCAGAGGAGAGUAUUGAGCACGCCAAAAAGGAGUGGGAACUAGGUCACCUCAAAUCCCUUCGUCAAGAAGAGGAGCGUCUGGCCGAUGAGGACACGACAGAGGACAUCCUCCUGUCCUAUGAUCGCCCAGAUAACAGUAACAAGGUCUACUUUGAUGAACCAAGUGGAGAAGAGAUGCCCGUGUGGCUACCUCCUACCCCUCCUGCUGAUGAUAACAAUGACCGCUAUGUGGAUCUCGUUAUGGACAUGUCGUAUGACACUCAUACCACCAUCAGCCCGGCCAUCCUGGCUGCCAUUGCUCCAUUCAGGCAAGAGGACUACGAUGUGUUUGGACUGAGCAAGAAGACCACUCAGUACGAUAUUGUCAAGAAGUCACAGAGGUCUAAUAUCAAGCAGCAAAAGGAGCAUUUGAAUGUCCCACCAUCUCUGUUCUGGAGGCGACCAGCUGCAGAUGCUCUGUCCACAAAACUUAAGAAAUUGGCGUCACAUCAGAAGAAACUCAAGGCCAAAGACCAGUUCACUCCUCUACUGGAGCAGCAUCCGGAGGGCCCUGACUGGAUGUUCUACGAAGACUGGGCAUUGCUAAAGAGUGUGACAGUGGUGCUCGAGUUCCCACUCUCCCUGACGAUCACCGUACCAGCCCAGACACCCAACUGGAGUGUAGUCGCUGACAUCACUUCCUCUCUCAGCCGAAUCAGAAGGUCACCUCUACAGUGUCGUGAGCAUCUGAUGAACGUGGUGAUUCCUAGAGAAGACCACACCCUCAAGCAUGACGAACAUGAAGGUAGCACCAAGAAGAUAAAGUCUAGAGAUGGGAUAACUAAAAAGACUAAAGGUCGCAGAGAACAGCGUACCAAGAGCCUGGUGGUGAACGAUGGAGGGAAGGAGCAGGGUCGCCUCUACUCCACGUGCUUCGACUGGAUACAGCAGUCCAGUGCUAAGAGAAAGCAGGCUCCUAAGUUCACGUGGGAGUCGAGUCAGAAACCAUCCAUGCACACUGACCUCCUCAAGGAAUAUGGUAUUGUCGUGGAUACGGUGCAUUCUCCAAUGCAAGUGGCCCAACUAAGAACUGAUAGGAUACAGGUAAAUAGAGGCAGCUACCAUUCGGGGACGCCCGGCACUGUACAGUUCAAGAAUGCCGCAGACCUUGCGAAGGCUGGAUACAAUGUCCCUAGACCGACAGUGACUGUCGCUGGGACCAGUCAAAAGUUCCCCUCUGUCACCACGCCAACAGUCGCCUCUCCCUCAAAACUACCUGCAGCCACGCCCAUAUCCCUCCCACUGGUCACGCCCAUCUCCACCAAUACAGUCACUGGGGUCACACCAAUAAUGAGCACUACCGUGGGGAAGACCACCUACACUGUCCCAGUCAGCGUUAGUGAACUAGGCAAGACGCUGAUAGCCAGGAGUGGCCUAACACAUCAGCAACUCCUCCUCUUGAGACAACAAACAAUUCAACAUCAACAACAACAAGCAGCAGCUGCCUCUCUCGUUUCACCCACAAUCACACAGGUACCACAGACCCAAUCCGCAAAGGCUACCAAGAUCAUCCCCACUGGGAUUGAACAGCUACGGACCUCUGUCAGCUCAGUGGCUUCGAUGGCUUUGCCUCUUCAACGAUUCUCUGGUAUCGUGCCAACCAGCGGAGUUACAAGUGCAGCUGCAACACUGAGAGGGUUGACAGGAGCGGCAGGACGAGCUUUGCAAACUGAAGAAGUGUUAGCUCUCUUAAAGCAACAAUCACUUAGAAUGGCCGCUACUCAGCAAUACAAGACAGCUGCAGGAACUGCUCAGAUCCACCCAAGAGACCCGACAACUGCAAUUGCUCAGAUCCAACUGAGGCCAGAAGGAACGGCUAAGACUGUAAAACAACAACUUUCGGCAGCCAUCUUGCAGGGCGAGACAGCCAAGCUGAUCAAUCGAACCACUUCGGCUACUUCUGAGGGCGCUAACCAAAUCAAAGUAGAGAUGAUUGAUGCGAGUAGGGCCCUAGCAGCCACUCAGAAAACACAGUCUAUUAAGCUAGUGCCAGCUACUGUCGCUCAAGCUAAGGUGUCUACCAUUGGAGGUGGAACUACUUCUGUACAGCAAGUCACGGCUGCUCAGUUUCAACAGGUUUUGGCGUUGCAGCAAGCUGCAGCUGCUGCGAAGUCGAUGGCUAAACCAAACACACCUGCACCACAGACAAGUACAGCUAGCACAAAGCCUGCAGAACAGUCAAAAUGAACACACAUGAACCAAAACACAUUUAAUUCUCAUUUAUUACCUUAAUUAUUAAAAUUUUAACUAGAUUAAUUUGUGGUUUUGAUAGUCAUAAAUUGACAAUACGUCAUCAGAAUGAA